UUACUGAGGUGUGUGCCAAGGGGGGAUUUAAGCUCAAUAAGUGGGUAUGUAGUGAUCGCUCUGUCCUCUGUCAGAUCCCGGAGGAAAAUAGAGCCACAGGUGUAAAGAUGCUGGACCUUAGUCGGGAUCAGCUACCCACAGAAAGAGCUCUCGGUGUGCAAUGGGAUAUUGAACAUGAUGUUUUCACAUUCAGUAUUGUGAACAAGGACAAACCACUUACAAGACGUGGUAUUCUGUCCAAUGUCAGCUCCAUUUACGACCCUUUGGGUUUCUUAGCUCCAGUCAUUCUGCCUGCAAAACAAAUUCUGCAGCAUCUAUGUAAACUGAGGUUUGGCUGGGAUGAGACAAUACCAGCAGAAAUGGCACAAACUUGGCAAAAAUGGGUUGAGGAUUUAGUUCUUCUUAACAAGUUUAGUAUCAGUAGAUGUGUCACACCCAAAGGAUUUGGGGAGAUAAAAAGUGCACAGCUGCAUCACUUUUGUGAUGCCAGUGAAACUGGGUAUGGUGCUGUAUCAUAUCUUAGGCUAUCUAAUAGCAAGCAGGAAGUGUGUGUUUCCUUUAUUAUUGGUAAAGCAAGGGUGGCGCCGUUAAAACAAGUCACCAUCCCACGUCUUGAGCUGGCUGCUGCAGUUUUAGCUGUGCGCUUAGACAAAAUGCUAUCAGUUGAACUUAAUCUUAAUCUGAGUGAGUCAGUUUUUUGGUCUGACAGCACAACUGUGCUACAGUACAUUGCAAACACAACCACACGGUUCAAAACAUAUGUAGCUAACAGAGUUUCCAUCAUUCAUGCUUUGACAAAAGUUGAGCAGUGGAGGUACAUUAGCUCAAAGCUGAAUCCAGCUGAUGCAGCCUCUCGAGGAAUGACGGAACGACAGAAAUGGAACAAGAUUCAUAGGAACUUUUGCAUUGGUGAUGUUGUGCUUAUUGUUGAUGGAGCUGCACCAAGAAAUUCUUGGCCCAUUGGCCGCAUCACUGAAACCAUGGCCGAUGCACACGGAGUAGUUCGCCGUGUUAGAGUUAAGACACGAACAAAUGAGCUGGAGAGGCCAAUCAACAAAAUAUGUCUCCUGGUGGAGGCCAUCUAG